CUCACAGGCCAACCCCGCUCCCAUUAUCGUGAACACAGACUCGCUGGAACAAGGGCUCUCUAUGAAUGGCAGUGAUGGGAUGUUCAAAUAUGAGGAGAUCGUCUUGGAAAGGGGUAACUCCGGGCUCGGCUUCAGCAUAGCGGGAGGAAUCGACAACCCCCAUGUUCCGGAUGACCCGGGUAUCUUCAUCACCAAGAUCAUCCCCGGGGGAGCGGCAGCCAUGGAUGGCCGUCUAGGGGUGAAUGACUGCGUGCUGCGGGUGAACGACGUGGACGUCUCCGAGGUUGUGCACAGCAAAGCUGUGGAGGCCCUGAAGGAAGCGGGCCCCGUGGUGCGGCUCGUGGUGCGGCGCCGGCAGCCCCCGCCAGAGACCAUCAUGGAGGUUAACCUGAUGAAGGGCCCCAAAGGCCUGGGGUUCAGCAUUGCAGGGGGCAUUGGGAACCAGCACAUCCCUGGCGACAACAGCAUCUACAUCACCAAGAUCAUCGAGGGAGGUGCUGCCCAAAAGGACGGGCGCCUGCAGAUCGGGGACCGGCUGCUUGCGGUGAAUAACACAAACCUGCAGGACGUGCGGCAUGAGGAGGCAGUGGCUGCCCUGAAGAACACCUCUGACAUGGUGUACCUGAAAGUGGCCAAGCCCGGCAACAUCCACCUCAACGACAUGUACGCGCCCCCCGACUACGCCAGCACCUUCUCAGCCUUGGCUGACAACCACAUAAGCCAUAACUCCAGUCUGGGCUACCUGGGCAGCGUUGAGAGCAAGCCUGCCUAUCCCAUCCCCACCCAGGUGACUCCGUCCCGAUACUCGCCUAUUCCUCGGCACAUGAUUGGAGACGAUGACUUCACUAGGGAGCCCCGGAAAAUCAUCCUGCACAAAGGCUCCACUGGCCUGGGCUUCAACAUUGUUGGAGGGGAAGACGGUGAGGGGAUCUUUGUGUCCUUCAUCCUGGCUGGAGGCCCUGCUGACCUCAGCGGGGAGCUGCGGAGGGGAGACCGCAUCCUCUCGGUGAACGGCGUGAACCUCCGCAACGCCACCCACGAGCAGGCGGCGGCGGCGCUGAAGCGAGCGGGGCAGACGGUGACCAUCAUCGCGCAGUACCGGCCCGAAGAGUACAGCCGCUUCGAGUCCAAGAUCCACGACCUGAGGGAGCAGAUGAUGAACAGCAGCAUGAGCUCCGGCUCUGGCUCGCUCCGGACAAGCGAGAAGAGAUCCCUCUAUGUCAGAGCCCUGUUUGACUAUGACCGGACCCGGGACAGUUGCCUGCCCAGCCAGGGGCUCAGCUUCUCCUACGGGGACAUCCUACACGUCAUCAACGCCUCCGAUGACGAGUGGUGGCAAGCCAGGCUCGUCACACCCCACGGGGAGAGCGAGCAGAUCGGGGUCAUCCCCAGCAAGAAGAGGGUGGAAAAGAAGGAGAGAGCACGAUUGAAAACAGUGAAGUUCCACGCCAGGACUGGCAUGAUUGAGUCCAACAGGGACUUCCCUGGGUUAAGUGACGAUUAUUAUGGAGCAAAGAACCUGAAGGGCGUGACAUCAAACACCAGUGACAGCGAGAGCAGUUCCAAAGGACAAGAGGACACCAUCCUGUCAUACGAGCCCGUGACACGGCAAGAAAUUCACUAUGCGAGGCCGGUGAUCAUCCUGGGGCCAACAAAGGACCGAAUUAACGAUGACCUCAUCUCGGAAUUCCCACACAAGUUUGGUUCCUGCGUGCCCCACACUACCAGGCCUCGGCGGGAGAACGAGGUGGACGGACAGGACUACCACUUCGUUGUAUCCAGGGAACAGAUGGAGAAAGACAUCCAAGACAACAAGUUCAUAGAGGCUGGGCAGUUCAAUGACAAUCUCUAUGGCACCAGCAUUCAGUCAGUGCGAGCAGUGGCAGAGAGGGGGAAACACUGCAUCCUGGAUGUGUCUGGCAAUGCUAUCAAGAGGUUGCGACAAGCACAACUGUAUCCCAUUGCCAUUUUCAUCAAACCAAAAUCCAUUGAAGCUCUCAUGGAGAUGAACCGGAGACAGACGUAUGAACAGGCCAACAAGGUCUUUGAUAAAGCCAUGAAACUUGAGCAAGAGUUUGGAGAAUAUUUUACAGCCAUCGUACAAGGAGACUCUCUUGAAGAGAUUUACAGCAAAAUCAAACAGAUCAUUGAGGACCAGUCCGGGCACUACAUCUGGGUCCCGUCCCCAGAGAAGCUCUGAAGAUGUCCCCCACCUGCUUCCUUGUGAGCAGAAGAUCUCUGAAGUCCCACCCAUCCAAGCCCUCUGCCCUGAGGGGGAGGGAUAUGAAAACUAUUCCUGCCCCCUUUUUUAGAUCGUCGCAAAAUUGAGUUUUCUAGUCCUGUUUCUUUUGUUGGGAUGAACUCAUAUCAUUCAUCACGUGACUGUUCCCACCAUUCCUGCAUGGACCUUCCCACUGCUCCAUUAGAGACAGAUGAGAACCCAUUCAAGGUCGUUUUUUAUUAUUAUUAUUAUUAUUAUUAUUAUAUUAUUAUUAUUAUUAUUAACUAAACAAAGAAUCAAGAUGGGAGGAGGCAGAUAAGGACUAAUGUAAGAAACAAGUGAAACAAUGGACUCUGAACACGAGCUGGUAUCAGAGCUCCAGGGGCAUUUUUCCAAGUGUGACUGUCUAGCAGCUCUGAACAGCGCGACACACGGGCAGCAGAAAGCGUUUUAUUUAUCUGUAUAUGUAAUUUAUAUAUAAUAUAUAGAGAGAUAUUAUAUAUAUAUUAUAUAUAUAUAUAUGUAUGUGGACUAGGAAACCUGAGGGACCUCUCUGGAAAGGUAUUGUGUUAUUGCAAGGUUCUUUCAGUUCCUCUGUCCCAACCACGGGGCGUAGGGAGUCCACUUGGGCAGGAAGAGCUCAAAACGGUACCAGGUGCUUUGGAAGCAUCUCCCAUCCAGGCCAGUUCCCUGCAGCCACCCUGGGUCUGAGGCAGAGCAGAGACUGGUACUGCCUGUGCAGGAGGGACCAGAGCAAGGAGCAGCAGCUGGUCUGAGAGAGGCUGGGAGACAGAGACUGAGCAGGAGGCUGCGGAGCAAGAGAAUGGAUGAUACUACAUAUUAAAUUGCACAUUGUUUUACACACCACCUUAUGUGUUUGCAUGAGAGGUUUCCUUUUGGUUCUAUUUUUUUAAGCUGAUUUUAAACCAAAACCAUAUUGUGUUGUUGUGUUGGCUUUUUUUUUUUAUUAUUAUUAUUAUUAUUAUUCCAUUUUUCUCUUGUUAAUAAUGAACUGAAUGGGUAUAAAAUCCAGUUUUUUAACUUAUUUUUUAAGCUGGCUCUAUUGUAAAUAGAAUCUAGAUCUGUGGUGUUUAGUUAAGAAAUACUCUACUGGCCACAUGGAACAAAUGUACUCACUGUCCUGUGUUGCUGUGGAAAACCUGGGAUGUUGGACUGGCCCUGUACCUGUGGGUGCAGGUGAAAUGACCCAUUCUAGCUCGUGGCAGCACACUGACAUUCCCUUCUGCAUUAGCCACUGGCAGGAAAAGCCCCCAGCUGUGCCUUGGAUGGACACUCACAUUUUCCAAAUCAGUAACAGAACUGAAAAAACUUCCUCUCUUCCCUGCUCCAUGCCAAAUUCCUGGCUCUGCUGCGUGCAGGUGCCAGUGGUGGCUUUCCCAGUGGGAGGCCCAUCCUUCCAGCACGGCAGGACCUCACCUGCUGGGAGCUGGGGCUUGGUGGGUGACUGCGUGGCCGCCUUGCCUGGUUCUGUCUCUGACACCUCUGCACGAAUCCUGUUUCCAAAACUGGGCUCUGCUCCCCCUCUUGGGGUGCCCCCAGAAGCCCGAGGUGGUGCUGAGUGCUGGCAGGGCUGAGGGCAGGGGGUGCAGAGCUGCCCCUCCUGCUGGGCACUGGGAUUUUUCAAGUGAGACAACUGUGAGCACCCAGACCGACGGCCCUGAGCUGAGACAUGUCUGUCCUUGAGGACACCUUGGCUUCCAUACUUGAGUGGGGGCUCCAGUGUGGGAAUAGACCCUGGUGUGAAGCUGGGGGGACACUCGUGUGGCCUUUGAGAAGGAGCUGUGCUGCUGGGCACCUGUGUGCAGGUACGAGCGCUCCCACCUUGCACAGAGCUGGCCAAGCACCAGGGCCGAGGUCACUGCACAAGCACGAGCAGGUAAGUGUUCUCCUCCUCUUUGGCAGGGAUAGGUGAGGGCAUGGGGUGCUGGUCCCCUCUCCAGGAGGUGAUGGGUACCGGUGUGUCAGUCAGGGCCUGGCACACACAGGCCACGGUUGUCAGUGUGAGCAGGAACUGUAGGACUGUCCCUGUGCUGUCUGGGGAGAAGCCCCUUUUUGCCCCUCCUGCAUCCCAAGGAGCCCUGCAGGGACUGAGCAGCUUCUGGGGACAGGAGGCGGGACACAGACGCAGCCGUGAGCACGGUGGAGGGCAGGAAGGAUUCUGCUGUUCGGGGGGGACGACCCUAAAGGAGCACAUGGAACUUUGGCAAUGGAUUCCUGCUCAGCAUCCACCCCCUGCCCCGCUGCUCCUGCUCCGGCUGCUACAAAUGUCGGUCCCUGGAGAAGUGGAGUAAGUGAAACAAAAAUCCUUAAGGUGCUAGUCACACCAUUCCUGUAUUUUUUUUUUCCUUUUUCUUUUUUUUUGCCUAAUAGCCUGUCUCCCUCUGUCAAGUCACGUGGAGAAAAAGAUGAUGUACUCCAUGGCAUAGCUGACAGUAUCGAAUCGAUCAUGACAACAGUAGUUGGUUAACAGUGUUUCUUCCAAGGAGACAUAUAUUUUUAAUAAACAGAGAGUUGCAAAGAA